GCUCUUUUUGAGACCCCGCACAUUGUUAUUGGUUGUAACCAGACCAUCGCAUAACGUACGCACAAAUUCGGGCACAUUGUGUGAAAUUGCGCAAAAUAAAUAUAAUGGAGGCGGAUUUGGAUCCAACGCUGCAACCCGGGGUUGCAAGCCCGAUAGUGUAGCACACGUCGUGAGUCGAAAACGCUGAGUUUUUGAUAUAACUAUCUUUAUCGACCCACAGUCCAAAAAGAAAGAUCUCCUGACGAUAUUCCUGAGAAGAGACGGGAGCCAUUGGCAAGGAGGACAGCCACUUCCUCCGUGUACUGGCAAAGAAAGCGGACAUCUUUGGGAGAUAGAAACACAGACCAUGUAGCCGAUAAGCCACAAAGGGAUUGCCGGUGAAGCACACAGAAGCUACACGGAGCACUUUUCCGGAAGCCUGCAUCGAUGUGUUUCGAGAUUUAGAUGCUAACAGAUGUUAAACACCAGAUGUCCACUCGGAUGCAACCCACAUGACUGUGGAUUGUCUAAGACCUUGUGUGUCCAAGAAAAGGUUUUGGCUAAAUAAGCCCUAGCUUACAUUCCUGGCGUAAAAUGGCUCAAGGAUGGGAUUCAUACUUCCAUAACUUUCCACCUCUUACAUCGGAGACAAGCACUUUGAGAAAUACAUCAGAAUCUGAGGAAAGUCUUCCUAAAGACAUAGAGAACUUCAUUGGACAUCAUGACUUCACAGGUACAAUGGAUUCAAAUGAAGCCCCUGCAACAAACUCAAACUUCGACAAAAACUUUUACUCGAGUCCCUGUAUUGAAAAUACCAGUUCAGACUGUCUUUAUCAAAGAUACUGUAAGGAAGCACCAUUGCAAGCUGAUCUAGAACAAAUGGAAAAAGAUUACUUGCCAAAAUGUGCAAAUAGUGAUAUCUCAGAUUUGGCCACAGAAGGGUUAUCGACAUCCGGACCUUUUCCUUCUUCUUUAGCAACAGAUUUUCAAGAUCUUAAGCAAGACUGGGGAAUGCUCGCUACAUCAUUAAUUGAGGACUACUCAGAUGUUAGUAGCUGCUCGGAUGCAGGUGAAACAAGAUCCUCUUGUAAGUUCAUGUCAAGGAAUUCAGUUCCGAAAUCUGAACGUAAUAUUGCUACAAAACCCAGGUCAACAGAAAAGGUUUUCAAUGAUACUGGAAAAAAUAUGCAUUCCACUGGAAGCCUGUGCCCAAAUAUGUCAGAAACGGAUGGUAUUUUGCCAAGUACAUCAAAUGUGAUGGUAGGAGAAAACAUUGAUGAAUGUACACAACACAAGCAGCAAAGUCCAGGAAAAAAAGUCAAAUCUUUAACAGGACACAAACAGUCCUCGUCGACUUCUAACAUAGUGACAACUACAGGAAGCAAGACUGUUGCGGGGAGAAAUGAUUGUGGUACUUCUCCAGUUCAGAAACUAAAGGAGUGUGUGGAGACAGACCCUACCCAAGAAAACAAUUCAACGAACUCGAAAAAUGGCCUUGAAAACUUGACUGGGGAUGGAUUAAAGUACCCAAAUGGCAAUGAGGAUGAUCAGAUUAUGGGGACAUCUCCAAAUAUCUUGACUCAAUUGGAGAAUGAGCAAGAUCACUCCGAUGAAAAAGUCCUAAGGAAGGAAAUGAAGGAAUCAUGUGGUGAUGAAAAUGAUAGUCCGAACUCAACUAAUAGUCAAGUUGAAAAAAUGGAAAUUGACUAUCAGGAGAAGGAAAUUCAUUUAAAUACCUCUGCAUUUUCAGAUCAUCCAGGUAUCAAGGCAUCCAAUUGUAAAGAUGCCACUCAAAAUGUGGCUCAGGACAUAUUCAAGGCUGUGAUGAGUGAUGGUCAUUUAGGCAAUGUCAGUGACAAGGAUGAGAAUAGUGGUGCAAAUCAUUCAGAAUCAUGCUUACAGCUACAUAGCUCAAGCACAGCUGUAAAUUCCUGUCUAGAAAAAGAAUUGAUUAGUGCAACAGACAAGACAAAUACCACUGAUCUAAAACAAGAUUGUAAUGGGCCUGGUAUCACAAGUGUCUGUUUUCUUAUUGAUACUACUGACAAGGAAGAGAAAAGUGUUACUGGUCAUGUAGAAUCCUGCUUACAGCCAAACAGCGCAAGCACAGAUCUAAAUCGUUUUCCGGAAAAGGAAAGUCCACCAGAGAAGAAAACAAUGAUCACUCAUACACAGCCCGAUGGUAGUGAUCCAGAUUGUUGUGAUCAAAGUGAUAAUAAAGAGCAAAGUGUUUCUAACAAGAUAGAACUCUGCUCAGACCUAAAUCCUAAUCUAGAAAAUGAAUGUCCAGCAGAGAAUACAAAUACAACCUGUUCUUCAGAUCAGCAACUGUCACUAAAUCAAAGUCUAGUGUCCCUAGAACCAGGAAGUCAAAGUGGGGAUGUUGCGGAAAGUGCAAGACAGUUGUUUGAAGAGGUGGACACAUCUACAGAGGAGCAGUCAGGACUUGGCAUGUUGUAUGGGGAGCCUCUGUCAACAGAAGAUUCUUCAUGUGAUGCUGAUGGUACAAAACCUGACGCCAGACACUAUAAAGACACCUCUGUGUCCAGACCUAAGAGUAACAGCGUGAAAAAUUCAGAAGGAGAAGCCCUGCAACUCAAAUCCUCUUUACAAAUGAGGAAACGCCUGCAACCUGUCAUAAUAUUAAAGACGUCAGAGUCAAUAAAUGGGACAAGUAACUCUUAUCAAUGCUCGGAUUGUCAACACACAACCAACAAUGUGGAUCAUCUAAUUGAACACCACCAUUGUAACCAUGACAUGCACAAUUUCCAGUUUUGCAAGACUUGUAAUCUCUACCUGAUGAAGAAUAAGCAAACGGAAACACAUGUGUGUUGUCAAAUCAAAGAUAGCCUUGAGCUUUCUUCUGAUUCAAGCCUACCGAAGAAAAGAAAACGCUGCGGCGGACACAGAUGUGUAAAGUGUCGAAUGCAAUUUUCAAAAAUGCAUCUGUAUGUCAAGCAUAUGCGAAGUCACACUGGCCAAACACCCUAUCAGUGUAAUGGAUGUGGAUUGUAUUUUGCACAGCCGAAUUGCUUGCUAAGACACAAACGUAUACCUAGUAGAUGCAAGCGACCAAAACUUCCAGUUGCAAAUGUUGAUGCUGUUAUCAGAGAAACAAAAAUACCACCACAAAAGGACCUGGUACAGAACAAACCAUAUACAAAUCCAUCUGGUUGUUAUGUAAAGCUUGUUGACAUCUCCAAAACUCAUCUGUGUAGUUUCUGUGGUAAAUGCUUCUCAACUGCAGUCGAGGCCAAAAAGCAUAUCUACAGCACACACAAGGGAAAGAGUCUGGAGGUUUCUUCUAGUCAGUGUACCACAAAACACAGUAGUGAGAAAACCCCAAAAGUGGAGAAUGACACGAAAGGAAAAUAUAAAUGUCCUCUCUGUCCACGGCUUUUCAAGUACUCCUACAACAGGGCUCGACAUUUGCGUGACUGUGUCAAACUUUCACUCACUGGUGGAAAGGAAAAGACUUCUGGUAAAUAUCGAUGUCCAUUGUGCCACAUAACCUUCACUUUACCAAGCAAUCGAUUUAGACAUAUUAAAGCUUUUUGUCUCAAAGAAUGUCUUAAUCAACUUGCAAAAGAGAGGGCAAAGUCAAAGGAACAGACCAACCAGAAGACAACUGACAUGAAGCAGAAAACACCAUCAAAGCAAUAUAAACUGAAAAAACAGCCCAAGGAAAUUAAAUCAAAAAAGCAAGCACCCCCAGCUCUAACACCCUCUAAGCCUGUUCCAAGGUACAAAUGCAGUUAUUGUCCAGCAGUCUUUUGCCAUGGUUCGGGAAAGUACAGACAUAUGAAGAAACAUGAGCAAUUUAAACUCACUGGUAAAAUGUUCACGUACAGGAAUUCAGUUUUCUCCGCCUUGUCCAAAAAAGCCACUUUAAGUAGUGCAGGCACUAAAGAGCGUAACAACACCUUAAAAUCCACGGAAGCAAAUGAAAGUCUUGCCCUGAGCUGUACAUUUUGUGGAAGUUGUUUUGACACACCACAGUCAUUGAAAAGACAUGAGAGAAAUCACACGGGUGAAAGACCAUACCGCUGUCUGGAUUGUGGAAAAAUAUACAAGAAACGUGCCUAUCUAAUCAUUCAUAAAAAAAACGUUCAUCAGAGGAGGAUACAAUGCACUGUCUGCAGAAAGAUUCUCCCAACUAUUGGAGCAUUGAUCCAGCACAGAAACUCACAUCUUGAAAGGGGAAAGCUUCAAUGCCCAGACUGUCAUCUACAGUUCCAGUAUCCUGCAUAUCUCCUCAGGCAUCUAGAGAGCCACAAAAAUAGAGAAAACCAGACAAGCCUGCUUGAAGAUAGACCAGCAUUAAAACCACAGCAGUCCUUGGAGUCUGUAAAAGAGAAGAGUGGACCAAAACAGCGGCAGUGUUCCAUAUGUAAAGAUGUGUUUGAUGAUGCCCAUGUACUAAGAAAACAUUCUCUUACACAUAUAUCUGUGUCUUCGUCAAAACAGUGUCCAUUUUGCAAGCGUGAUUCAAAAAAUCGCCGCAAUUUGCUGCGCCACAUGAGCGUACAUACUGGAGAUAAACCCUUUUCCUGCAUUGACUGUGGAAAACAGUUUUAUCUAGACACGUACCUCAAACUUCACCGUGAAAAGUGUUCAGCUCAUCAAACCAGACCCCUUAUCACAUUGGAGUCUGACGACAAGAAAAAAGGAACACAUCAAUGUUCCUAUUGUCCUCGGACGUUUACUAAGAAAAUACGCCUGCAAAGACAUCACGAUGGACACAAGACAAACACUCUGCUUUUCUGCUCAGGAUGUGAGCAGUUCUUUGGAUUAACAAAAUUAAAACAACAUCAAAACAACUGCAUGGAAACUCCAAAGCACAACACUGGCUUAUCAUCCAAGGAUAGCGUCUGCAAAAGCACUUCACAGGCAAGACAGAAUGUCAGCAAUAUGUCUUCAAAAUCCAAUGCAACUAACAAACUUUUCUUUAAAUGCCCUCACUGUACACAGAGGUUCAGGUACAGAUCUAUACUCAUGAGACAUCUUGUUAGCCAUACUGGUGUACAACCCUACUCAUGUAUGCACUGUGGACAUUGUUAUAGAAGUAAGUCAAUGUGUUUGAAGCAUGAAGCUUUCUGUGAUGGUGUUGAUGAAGAGGAUAAGUCAAAAAUCAAAGAUGCUGCUGCAACUCAAUUGUCAAAGACUCUUACUCCCAGAGAAGCAGCACAACAUCCCAAAGCUGAAGGAGAAGCUGAGUUCAAGUGCAAAUUCUGCACCAAGUCCUUCAUGAAAUCACGAAGCCUGAGACGUCAUAUUUUGACACACAACGAAGUGAAACCUUAUCGCUGUAAGGCCUGUGACAGCUGCUUUUCAAGGCAUGAUCAUCUGAAAGUACAUGAGAUUCGUUGUAGGGGGAAAAAGACGCGAUUAGAAAUCUGUAUUCCCAAAAUCAGCUUGGAUUACGUUGGCAAGGGAUGGCAAAAUAACUGUGAAACAGAGCGCAAUACAAAGCAGGAGACAUUUGAGUGCAAAGUCUGUUCCAGGAGCUUUCCAUCUCAGUCUAAACUUUCCCGACAUGUCACUAUGUUCCAUGCUCCAAAACCAUUUAAGUGCACACGCUGUGGCUCAUCAUUCACUCAAGAAGGAUCCCUGAAAAAACAUAGGAAGACAAAGAAGUGCAGAAGGCCCUACAAUGAACCCUCAGAAACGAAUCCACAAACAGAAGAUGUCACAAACCCGCUUAAAGGGGUGAGAAAUAGAAUUAUACAGAGAAUUCAGCCAUAUUUCAGCAAAAACUACAGAUAUGCAUGUAGCUAUUGCCCCCGUGCUUUUAAAAGCGGCUGGCAAUUGGCCGUGCACAACCGUCUGCAUACAGGAGAGCGGCCAUAUGCAUGUGAGGAUUGUGGUGAACGAUUUAUAAGGAAAGAUUAUGUGAGACGUCAUUCCGCAAAGUGUUCCCAAAAAAGAGGACAUUUAUCAACAAGAUUAUCAAAGUCCACAUUAUUUAAAAGCCCAACAAAAGGCUUUUCUUGUGCAUACUGUAGUUCCCGUUUCUUGCUAUUUUCAGAGCUUCAAGAGCAUUUUUUAAAUGAACACAAGCUGGAAACAAAGGUUCCACCAGUGUCCUCUGCUCCCCUACAACACCAUCUGUCAAACAUACCCAACAUCAAAGAAGAACCUUUGGAUGAGAGUUGUGACAAACAGUUUAGUGUUGAGGUCCCCAAGCCAUUUACUUGCCCAGUGUGCAAUAUGUCCUUCACCAAUAAUGCUGGACUAACUGAUCAUCUGCGUGUUCACACAAGUAAAAUUCCUUUUAACUGUAAAACAUGCAAGAAGGGCUUCUGGAAUAAAAGUCUUCUCCGUAAUCACAAAAGGAAAUGUAGAUUUGGAAGCGUUUCAGAGAGAACUAAAACCCAACAAUUGGAAGUCCCUUUGAAAGCAGAGAUUGAUAUUGUGCUGAAUGACAUGCUCGAUUAUGAAGAAACCUCCAAGUCAGUGCAGAGCAACUUCUCCUGCAAAGAUGAAUUUAUGGACAAAUCACCACAAAGUUCCGAGGAAGAUUAUGAGCAAAGCAGCUCAAGUAAAACGAAGAAAGCUGUGCAGUACCAAUGUUCAGAAUGUGAUCAGAGCUUCACAGAUGGCUUAUUGCUCAUUAGUCACCUUGAAGACCAUGGAAGGCAGGAACAAGCGAAAAAGCGCAAUGCAUGUAUUAAGUGUGGACAGGUGUUUGCUAGUCAAGGAAAUCUUAUAAGACACAUGAGGUUACAUGAAUCUGAUGAAACUUUAUCCUGUCCUGUCUGCUCCAAGAUGUUUAGCAAUGUAUCUAAACUUGAAAUUCACAGAACAUGCCAUGACCCUAAUAGACCUUUCAUUUGCAAACUGUGCAAUCAAAGGUUUUGGACAAGACCAUCUUUAUGUAGUCAUUUCAGAGAAGAGCAUCCAGAUGAUGCAUUUACUUGUCGUUUCUGUAACAAGGCCUAUACAGUCAAAAAAUCACUAGAUAGACAUUAUAGAAAAUGGCAUAUUAAAGAGCAGAGGGAUCUUAGGAAAACUAUACAGGAAAAGAGCCGUGCUGAAGAACCAUCCAGCAGUCAGGUCAGUACAACUGGUGAAAGUGAUGAGGAUGAAAAUAACAUUGAGGACAGUGACUCUGAUUCUGCACCUUACUUCCCAUGCCAUGUGUGUGGCAAGACAUUCCCAACAUCUGAAAGUCUUGAGGAUCAUCAGCGGUGUCACUUAGGUGAAAAACCACAUGAGUGUGCAGAAUGUGGUAGAUGUUUUUUUCAGGCAUCCCAGUUGCAGCAGCAUCAACGAAUGCACAAGUCUGAAUUUCAAUGUCAGGCGUGUGGCAGGGGUUUCGUCUCGCUUUUUGCACUGCGUAAACACAAGCAUACGCAUGGAAAGAGCCGGCCAUAUCGAUGUUCCAAGUGUGACUUCAGUUUCACAGGUCCCUUGCAGUUGGCAGAACACAUGUCUACCCACCGUGAAGAGAGCUUCCCAUGCGAUAUAUGCAAUCUUGUGUUCCUCUCCAAAAGUAGUAGAGUUGAGCAUCGGAAAAGCCACUCAAAGUCGGUUGACUGCCACCCAUCUUCCACUACAAGGGAAGAACGUGAGACAUCUGUUUCACCUUCUGAGAUCUCAUCAGUAUCCACGAAAGAACUUAAGUAUCGCUGUGGUGUUUGUGGUGAGCGUUUCAGAGACCCAGAGACUCUAUCAGAGCACGGUUGCAUGGCAGCCAAUGAGCGACAAUACUCCUGUUUGGACUGUGAUAAACAUUUUCUGCAUGAAUCUCACCUGAAAAAGCACAAGGCCAUCCAUCAAUUACCAUCUAAUAGCAAAUAUCAAUGCAAUCAAUGCAACAGUUGCUUUCCCUCUUCUCAGCUUUUUCUAAGCCAUCUGAAGAGCCAUGACAAUGCCGCAGGAAUAGAACACAGCAGUGAAGGUAACGAUGGAGAUCAAUCACAUGGUUUCAUAUGUCCAGUUUGCCAUCAGUGUUUUGCCAGUGCCACUGACUUGAUUUUUCAUUUUCCUGUGCAUUCUGAUGGUUCAUUUGAAUGCAAAAUGACCUUACCGUCUGGAAGUAAGCUUGAAGAUCAAGAUCACCUUCAUGUAGGCAACUCAGCUACUGCAAUUGAAUGCACAGAGUGUGGCCAGAGCUUUUUGGGAAGAGAUGCUUUCCGCCAGCACCAUUGUUCCCAUCAACAGCCCACAACAAUGGAGGCCAAGCGCACAAACCCAUCUGCCAAGACAUCUCUUCAAACUUAUCAAGCAGCAGCAGGAGAGGAGGAGGAUGUCGAUGUUCUUGGAGAGGACUUGUACAAUUGCCCUCUUUGCUCAAUGGAGUUCUCCUCAAAGAGUGCCCUUUUGGAGCAUCAAAAUAAACAGCAUGGAACGGACAAUCCCUACGUAUGCAAGCUUUGUGGAAAAACGUUUGCCAAGAGCCGGUACCUCAGAGAGCAUGAGCGAAGACAUCGUCAAAAAAACACAUCUCUGCAGGCCACUGACAAGUUCAUAUGUUCCCAGUGCAACAACACAUUUAAUACAGCACAAGAUCUAUCAUUACAUAUGAGAUUACACGCAGAAAAAGAAGUUGGAGAGUUCCGCUGUGACAUGUGCUACAAGUCAUUCAGCAAGUGGUCUCAUCUUAAGCAGCACCAAGAAAGUCACAUGGGCCAAGUUGUAUAUGAAUGCACAGAGUGUGACAAAGCUUUCGCUUUUCCUCACCUACUGGAGGAACAUCAACAGACACAUGUUGGGACCUCUCAGUAAUGGUUACUGCAUAACAUUUAUCUUCGCUUCCCUUUCAUGCCUUACAUCUGACUGUGUAUCUCCAAUUGUUAUCACAACUUAAAUCUAGAUAUAGAUUUGUAUUUUUUCCCUUGUGUUGCAUACUUACCAAGAACUUGAAUCAUGUCACUAUGACAGCGCAUCUUCUCCUGCAUGUCCAUUGACAAAUGUAUCGGGAUUUGUAUACAGCCAAACAGCCAGUUUUGUCAGUUUGUAAAUCUAUGACGAAGAUAUGUUAAUUAUGUAAGCUGUUUUACAACAUAAAACAGUGUGUGUUCUGAAUCAGACAAUGCGUGACCUAAGGAGAUCUUAAUGAAAACUCUUUGAUGCUGACACUAUUAAUUAAGCAUGAUGGUUAUGUAUGUUUGACAUUUAUUUUGGGAUAAUAAUUGUCAGUUUUGUUGAUAAUAUGUAAGAUAUUAUUCAAACUGGUCAUUUUAAUCUAAUGUUAUUUUAUAUUACAUGUACUGUAGGUAAUCAUGUGCAUUUUAGUGUUUUAUCUUGGGUUGCAUUUUUUUCAGGUUUCUAUUUUUUCCGUGUACAUACAUUUGAAAUGUGCUGUAAUUGAAAAUGAUUUUCACAACCCAAUGUUACUUUGUUAAGGCAUUUAAGUUACUUCAGUCAGAUGAGAGAUAAAGUCACUAUAAAAUAAAUUUUUGUGUCACUCUU